CCCAAUACCUCCCCUCCAUCUCCUCAUCAUCUCUUUCAUGGGGAUCCUGUUCCUCUUCUCAUUCUGUUCCUUCUUUCUGUCACAAUCGCCAGAGUCCGGGGUCCCCUUGAGGGCACCUCAUGGCUUGGCCUACCAACCUCCUCUUCAGCUGUCACCAAGCGCGGUGGAGUUCUUCAAUCCCCAGGCGCCGCCCACCUCGUCCAGGGAGAAGAUGUCCCCAGAGUCGUCCGUGAAGCCGAAUGCCACCCCGAUACGUGGGAGGCAGGUGAUGGUGGAGGGAAGCGAAGCAACGGGCAGUAACCAUGGAAUUGGAGCGGCAGGAGCAGUUGGUAUUUUCUUCACGUUGCUCUUCCUGGUGCUUCUGGCGCUGUCUGCCUACUAUGUCUUCGUCGCUCGCCGGCGUGACGCUAGUGCGGCACAACCUGCGAAACCGGCUCCUUGAAUUAUGCAGCAUCGAACCUCCUAAUUAUGUUCAUCCUUUUUUUUCUAUUUCAAGUAGCGAGGUAGCAUCAAUCACAUUAGUUGCUGGCUAA